AUUCUAAACCGCGUAUCCUCACAAGGACUGGAGCUUAUUCCAGCCAUCCCGGUGGCAAUUUAGAGUCUAGACUGUGAGGAAACCGGAGUGCUGGGAGAAAAGCACUGAUCUAAAAGAAAAAAAAAAAAAAAGACUUAAUGGUUCAUUGGCCACCAAAACUCAAGUCGUCGUCCGCCAUCUUGAUACUCCCAAAACAACCAUGCCGACUUGUGCAGCGAAAGUUCCGUGAUUGUAAGAGAGCAUUCCACAGAGACAUGUCCGGACAGACUGUGACCAUCCCGGACGACCGGGCGUUCGCCAGCUUCAAGUCGGAGUGUCUGAACGAGGAAGGCUGGAGCGGCACCUACAACAAGGCGGGCAUCGCGGUGUGGACUCAGGCGCUGGAGGAGGGCAAGACGGUCCACAGAAUUAAGUGCAGGAUGAUCAGUAAGGACGUGUCAGCCGAGACCAUGUACGAUGUUCUCCAUGACAUCGAAUACAGAAAAAAAUGGGACACAAAUGUCAUCGAGACGUUCGACAUCGGAAAGCUGACAGUCAAUGCGGAUGUCGGAUAUUAUUCAUGGAAGUGUCCGAAGCCGCUUCGUAACCGAGACGUGGUGACUCUUCGCUCCUGGUUGCCGAUGGGGAAAGACUACAUCAUCAUGAACUACUCUGUUAAACAUGCAAAAUAUCCCCCCAAAAAGGACAUGGUUCGAGCCGUUUCCAUACAGACUGGCUACAUGGUCCAGAGCCAGGGCCCCAACCACUGUGUCCUCACGUACCUGGCACAGCUCGAUCCACGAGGUUCAUUGCCCAAGUGGGUUGUCAAAAAGUUUUCCCACUUCCUUGCGCCCGGUGCAAUGAAGAUGAUCAACAAAGCAUGUUUGAAAUACCCGGACUGGAAGCAGAGGCACAACCCUGGAUUCAAGCCGUGGCUCUACCCAGAACAGACUACAUUACCCAGCAUCCCGCUGUCCGAGCUCAGCAUCCAGCGCGCCGAGAGCUUGGAAAAUAUUGACGAGAGCUCCCUGGCCGAGACCCAGGACCGGGACGACGGCUACUGAUUCGGAAGUCAGACCCCGGGUCACGUAUUCGUUCACGUGCAUGCCCGAUUCCCACUUCCACAUACGCUCGAGAUUCAAUCGUAGACGGACACACGCUCACACACACACGCACACCAAUUGUUCAUCAAAUCAUCCUCAUAUCAAAUUGUGUGAUAGCAUUCGGAUACAAAAAUAUUCCAUAUUUUCCUACAUAACUCAUGCAGGCAUAUCAUUUUGCUAUGUCGGCUGCACACCCAACUUGUCAUGGGCUGCGAGUAUUUUGUUUUAUUAUUAUUUUUUUUUUUACAAUUUGGUAAUAUCGGGCCAAUGUCUGUAAAUCCGAGUUAAUGUUUUCAAAUUCGGUCGGUAUGGAAAAAGCAUAUUUUCAGUCAAAUUUACAGAAUAGGUGCCUGUUUUUCAUUCCCCCCCCAAAAAAUUAAAGUAUUUAUCCUCACAUAUCAAUUUGUAAAAAAAAAAAAAAAAUACAGUUCAUACAUAGUACGAUACGGUAUGCUCACACAAAAAAAUUCAUGUGUAUGUCUAAUUGGUUUUCAGUCGUGUUUUGUAAGCACACAAUAUGCAGGUUUACGGGAGGCAGCUGACGCUCACAACAAAACAUCGUCUUGGGAGGACUCCGUUCUAUGCCUUGUUACCAAAUAUUAAUCCAAGCCUAAAAAAUAAUUCCAAUUUAUAGCAUAGUAAAGUCUCCUUUCGUGAUGUGGAAGUGCCUUAUACCUGCAAUCUUUCCAGUGGCCAGCAGAGGGAGACUCCAAAAAAUGGAAUUGGACGAGGGCUCAAGAUCCUAAUUUGAUUUGAUACCGACAAACAAAUGAAUGACGAGCGUUUUCUAUACCCGAUGAAAAUAUGUACCGUCAUUUGUACACACUCUCACCUACGCUCAAUUUGUGAAGACACAGCCAAAAUGUCAACAGUGUGAAUUGUCCUUGCUGCGGUGGUUUGAAAACAGCCCUCAAAUAUGUACAAAAGCUGCUGUAAAACACAUUAUUUCUCUUCUUCCAAAUAACAGAUGAAUAUGAAUGUAUGCUCAGAAAUUUAAUACAGAGUCCAACAGGUUUUCAAGCUUCAACCUGAUAUUUGAGUCGUUUUUUUCUCCAUGUGUGGUUGCGAUGUGGAACGAAUCAUCGAUUUGUGCAAUCAUAUGCUGCUUCAUGUGCUUUUCACAUUAUUUCAAAACUUCCAUAUCUGGGAGUACGGUGGGCCCGUUGUCUGCCCGUCUGUCUCUCACUUCGGAGGUUCUGGGUCUGAAUCUCAGCUGGCGCGUUGAGUUUGCAUGUUCUUCCCACGGUUGCUCAGGUUUUUCUCCGGGUUAACGACUUUUUAAUUGUUUGUGCACAAAUGGUUAAGGCCUCUUGCGUGCCGGCCUUAAUCAGUUCUGAAAAAGUCUGCGGAAGUUUUCGAGCGGAAGUUUUUUUUUCCAAAUUGCCGUUUUCAUGCGCCUAGAUGUUGUGUUAGCAUGAGCUAGCAGUGUUAGCAGAGUUUGCUUCUGAUAAGCGGCGCGUACGCGACUGUUCGACUUGAAUUAACGACGUGGGAUCAGAAUAAAAUUUGUGAAAUUU